GGAGGAGGAAGAGGAAGAGGAGGAGGAGGAAGACUUGUGGCGCGGAGCAGAUCUCUCCACCAGGAGCGCAGAGCGCACAGAACACAGCGACCCAUUCAAGACCUGCUUCGGAUUAUCACAGAUUUUUUUGAAGACUUAUUUAACAUUCCUCAUAUUUAAAAAAAAAAAAAUAUAUAUAUAUAUAUAUAUAUUUAAUCUUCUGGUUGAUUUAGAGGAUUAUGUUGGUGCGGUUCUCUAGGAGCAUUUGCCUGUUUUUGUCCUGCGCGCUGUUGGAUCUGGUGCGUUCGGCGCAGAAUCCGAUGUGUGGCCUGAUUCUGGAAAUAGACAAGGAGAGAGCCAUGUGCCAAGCUCAGGUUGGGAACAACACGACAGGCUGCAACAUCACUUGGGACAAGAUCGCCUGCUGGCCCUCUGCCGACGUCGGAGAGGUGGUCACCAUCCCGUGCCCCAAAUAUCUCUUCUACUUCGCCAGCAAUGCUCUUCCUCGUAAUCUGUCAAAGACCUGCACUGUGCAGGGCUGGCCCCCCAGCAGCCUGGACGCCUACAUAAUGGACUGCGGCUACAAUCCCAACAACACGGCGGAGGAGAAUUCGGGAGAUUUUUACAUCACCAUCAAAGUUGGCUACACAAUCGGUCACAGCGUUUCCCUUAUUUCUCUGAUGGUUGCCAUCACCGUACUCUGUUUCUUUCGGAAGCUUCACUGCACAAGAAACUACAUCCACAUGCAUCUGUUUGUAUCUCUCAUCCUCAAAGCCGUCACCGUUUUUAUAAAGGACGUGGUUCUGUACGAGGUGGGCGAGACGGAAAACUGCCAGGCAUCGGUGGGCUGCAAGGCGGUAGUGGUCUUGUUCCAGUAUGGAGUCAUGGCGAGUUACUUCUGGCUGCUGGUGGAGGGCCUCUACCUUCACGCUCUGUUGGCAGUCUCCUUUUUCUCAGAGAGGAAGUACUUUUGGUGGUACAUUUUGAUUGGCUGGGGGGCUCCAACCAUCUUCAUCUCUGCUUGGGUGGUUACAAAAGCGUAUUUAAAUCCUCCUGGAUGCUGGGACACAAUCGACGACGCGUCAUGGUGGAUCAUCAAAACGCCCAUCUUAGUUGCCAUUCUUAUGAACUUUUUCCUCUUCAUUUGCAUAAUCCGGAUUCUGCGGCAGAAAAUGAACUGUCCCGACAUCGGAAGGAAGGAGUCCAACCAGUACUCGAGACUGGCUAAAUCCACCCUGUUAUUAAUCCCUCUGUUUGGGAUAAACUACAUAAUAUUUGCCUUCAUCCCUGACCACAUCCACCCGCAGCUCAGGAUGGUGUUUGAUCUGGUUCUGGGAUCAUUUCAGGGCUUCGUCGUCGCGGUGCUGUACUGCUUCCUGAACGGAGAGGUGCAGUCCGAGGUGAAGCGUAAGUGGCGCAGGUGGAUGCUGCAGCGGUUCCUCGGCGCCGACACUAAGUACCAGCAGCCGUCCAUCGGGAGCAACGGCAACAAUUUCAGCACCCAGAUCACCUUGCUGACCAAAUGCAGCCCCACCACGCGGCGGGCUUCGGCCUGCCAGGAGCACCUCUCUGCAAUCUGACCCCCUUCUGGUUUUUAUUAUCGGUUAAUAACGUGUGUGACUCACACGUACUGUUGCCAUACACUGGGUGUACAGAGGCCAUGAUAACCCUAACAUGGAUUUUCUUUCUGUUUUUUUUUUUGUUGUUGUUGUUUUUGUUGUUGUAAUCUUAUAUGCUGGCUACAAAAAGCAACAGGUGCUCGGUGUUUUUUCUCGCCAGAGCACAAAGUCAUCUGACACCUCUGACAACACUUUCUUAUUAAUGAAAUGUAAAGAAGGUGCGCGCCUUUUCUUUUUUCCAGAUCAUAUAAAAUCUGCUGUGAUCACAGAGAGAGAGUUCAUUGAACUGCAGCGCGGCUGACUAGUGGCACAAGGUCACCGACUUUUCAUCCCAUCGUGAAGCGAGAUUUGUGAAAGAAAGGAAGAAGGAUGUCCCUUUCUUACUUCAAAAUAAAAGCCUCAAACAUUUAAACCCAGGUACAAGACUCUGCAUAUCAAGAAUAAUUGCAAAGAGUUCGGACCAAAAGAGAACUGAGAUUCAAGCUGAUGCGUUGCCUUUGCUUGACAAGCAACGUUUAGACUGAUUCUGUUGUGGAGCUCAGAUCAUUUUUUUGUCCAGUCAGAACGACUUUCUCACUGAGGAAUACAACACAGAGAGCUGGAAGGGUUUGGGCCGUGCACGUUUGAGCCAGCAUGUGACUCAUAACACGCUAGCUAUGAAGAAGCGGACGCAGAGGCUGAAACAAGUGGUGACAAGCAUAAUGAUCAUCUUUAGAACUUAAAAGUGGCACAAAUCUACUUUGGUUCCUAUUCUGUGUGAUUGAUUUGGUUGAUUUACGAGCAUUUUCAACACUCGUGGAUGUUGUUUUUGGCUGCUAACGCCCAAGUUUCCAGCACAGCUCACAUGCAGAUGACAUACAGAUCUACUGUCAUGCAUGUUAAACACUUAACAAAAUGCAUAAUCAGAGAGGAACCUGUUUUCAUUACUUAUAGCUGCAUUUUAAUAUUGUCCGCUCAUUCAUUCAUACCUUAGAUCAUGUUUAAUCUGGAGUCAUGGUAAGGUAGAUACUUCAACAUGAGUCUGUCUCCUCGGCGAUCGUUCUUGGCCAUCAUGGCAGAUGAUGCUGCAGAUCAAACAACUAUAUGACCUUUUCUGGGACAAACUUAACUUAAAUGAGAAAUAUUAGCAUCUUAAUAUCAUGAAUCUAAAUUGGUUUUUACCUCUACAAAAUACUAAUAUCCAAGGGAAAGAUACACACAUUAGCACCAAAAGCUAUACAAAAAAAAUAUACAAAUAGGAGCCCCAUUGACAAUAUCAUUAAGUACUGGCUCUUUGAAUGAAUUGUGAAUCGAUGAUUUAUGUUCUGAGCUUGAAUAACAAUUUAAUCUCCUAGAUAGGAUUGAUUGGAUCGCAUAGCUGUGAUAAAUAGGUUCUGAUAAAUUGAAAACAAGUGACAUUGCACUUGGUUGUUUAAUUGUAAAUGUCUGCCUUUGAGAAUAAUCACAUUAUAUACACUUUAGCAAUUCAGAAGUGGUAAAUUCUCAGCUCAGCAUGUGAAGAAGUCGUCCUGAACUCAACCUUUAAGCUAACGGAGGAGCAACGUUAGCUACCCUGUGGUAAAAUGUCAAGGAUGAGUUAAACUGGACCAAAUAACUGUAAAGAAUAAAAUCUAGUCAAUCUCAAACAUCAGAGGCUAGAGGUUACAUGACUCUUAGGUGUCUGCAGUGCUCUACAAACUACCUACCAAGGAGGCCAAACGCUAAAUUGUCACUCUGUUUAGAAUCAGUCAAAAAUAGCACAGUGGGUAAGAAGUGUUUUGCUUCGAGUGAGAUUUAAAUGACUGACAUGAGAAAAGGGGGAAACGGCUAAGUAUCACUCUAAAAGCGUGAGAGUUGGCAAAAAGGCCAAGCAAAUAAGCAAGCCAGAGAUCAAUGUUGACAACAGCAACGCUGGCUACGGCGUAGCAGCAUGCUAACUCAGGCAGGGACAACUUCCUCGCUGCUCUGCGUUUAAAAGGAACUUCAUUAUCAUUUGCUGAUUGAUCAUCCAAAGAGAAGCAAGAGGAUAAGUUUUGUUGCAAAGGGGACAAAAUGUAUGGACAUCAGUGAUAGGACUGUUCUGACCAGGAGUCACUGAGGAGGCGUCCAUUAGCACAGCUAGCGUACUGGGUGUGAUUAUCCUGUCUGUGACGGUUUUAUAUGGACCAUACACUCGGCUGAAUUACUGCCGGAUAACAUUCCAGGGGAGAGAUGGAAGCUCCGGCUUGUGAAACUUUGCUCAGAUAACAGAGGCUUUUAGUUUCCUCACAAUGGACGGAGCAGAUAUGUAACAUGAGUGAAUGCUGAAGCCAUCUUCUGUUGUCUGGACUGCAUGGAUAAAUGGCUUAGUUGUGGUUUUCUGUUAAUAUUCCGUACUGUUGUUACCAUUUGUUUCCACUGACAGUUGUGUAUGUUGACAUUGACAAGAUAAAUUGCCUUUUUUUUUUCUCAUCUGUUCAUUGUUUCCUAAGGAUGAAUCUUUUUAUAUAAAAAGAUGAAAAUGUUUUCCUCAGCUUCAUUCUAAUUCCAUUACGACUCCCUUGUGAGUUUAUUUUAUUUAAUUUAAUUCAGGGGUUCUUUUUAAGUUUAGGCCAGGCUUCUAAACAGCUCUUUACAAAGGUUUUACAAAUAGAAAUCUGAAAAGUAUAAAACAUUCAUUGUGAUUAUAGCUUCAAGUCCAAUUUAGCAGAUAGACGCCAAUUUUUCUUUUCCUAUUCUAAUUUGUAAAUAACUCGAGCCCAGUUAGAGUGGAUGGACGUCGUCUGUGAACAGAUGUUUUUACAAAUUUUAAGUCACAAACUCGCAAAUGACAUUGUAUUUAUGUUUUGACUUUAAAAACUUAAACCAUGAUGUCUGCUGUGUUUGUUAUCAUCUUCAGCACUGAAAAAAGAAAACAUGUGAUCCAACUUAAAACGUUUUUUUAAUUAGCUGCACGUAACCAAAUUAAGUUGACCAAAGUAAAUAUAUUAAAUUCAUUAAGUUGUCAUGUUUAACAAAUGUUGAUGAAUUAAGUUUAAACUUAAUUUGAUUAUAUGUAACAAAUUCACAAAUUAUUUUUAAUUCUCUUUUCAGCUUACCAAACAUCUGAACAGAACUGCUAGAUUAAUACUGAGAAUAAAUUACUUAGAGCUUAACUCUAUUUCCUAAGUAAAACAUUUCAAAAGGGAUUUGGUUGGGAAAGAUUUCAUGUUGUAGUAUCAGACUAAAAGUAGCGCUGCCUGCCACACUUUUCAGAUUCUGUGAUUUUUGUGUGUAGAAAAAACUGUGGACAGUUUCCUUCGCAAUGAUGUGCUAAUUUUGAUGGUGUACAACACAAUGCCCAUAAACUACAUUCAUAUGGUUGUGACACGACGAGAUGUGAAAAUAAUAAGGUGUUAAUAUUUUUUUGUUAAGUAUAAAAGCCCAUUUACCCAACUGAUAAAAAAAAUAAAAUAAAACUGAAACUAUCAGAGUGGGGGAUAUGGGGACUGUAGUUCUGACUUCGCUACUUUUUUUCAUAAAACUUUAGCAUUAGCAUUAGCAUGCUAACAUUUGUAGGAGCAAAUUAGGACAAUGAUCGCUGUAGACUUUUCCUGUUCAAAGGUGUAGGCAAAUCCAGCCAAAAACUGAUGACCACUCAUGAGCUGCUCAAUGUUUGCUCCAAACACUUUAUCCUUAAUGUGUAAAUUUCAUAUUAGGAGACGUGUGACUUUCCCCGUGCUGGUUAAACUACAAACGGAGCUAAAUAUGUACCUUGAACUUAAUGUCACAGAGAGUUCUUGUUGUAUAUAUAUUGCUAUGCUGUAAAUAAGCAAACACAAUUAUUUUACUAUGUAGUUUAUGGUGAUGCUUAGUACUCAGGUGUCAGCUUGAAAUCAAUGUUUACAUUAAAAACUGCGUUUCUCACUUGUGCUAUUUGCAUCAUGUCAGUGUAAAGAUGACAAAAGUCUCUUUAAUUUGUUGUUAGAGGAAAUGUUUUGUGUGUGUGGUGUAGAAUUUAAGGUCGUUGCUGAACAAAUGAAGAUGAAUAUAAACAUUUGCACUCUGA